AUGGCGAUGGAAGAACAGGAUGGAAGCACACCGAACACAAUCACAAGAACACUAUCACACAGCGGAGAACAGCAGCUGUCGUGGAGAGGGCCAGGAGGGAGUUGUGGCAACAGCGUGACACUCUCUGCCAGAAGACGUGGCACCAGCGUGACACUCUGGGCCAGAAAACGUGACAACAGCGUGACACUCUGGGCCAGAAAACGUGGCAACAGCGUGACACUCUUGGCAAGAAAACGAGACAACAGCGUGACACUCUGGGCCAGAAAACGUGACACCAGCGUGACACGCUUGGCCAGAAAACGUGACACCAGCGUGACACUCUGGGCCAGAAAACGUGACAACAGCGUGACACUGUGGGCCAGAAAACGUGACAACAGCGUGACACUCUUGGCCAGAAAACGUGACACCAGCGUGACACGCUUGGCCAGAAAACGUGACACCAGCGUGACACUCUGGGCCAGAAAACGUGACAACAGCGUGACACUCUGGGCCAGAAAACGUGGCAACAGCGUGACACUCUGGGCCAGAAAACGUGACAACAACGUGACACUCUGGGCCAGAAAACGUGACAACAACGUGACACUCUGGGCCAGAAAACGUGACAACAGCGUGACACUCUGGGCCAGAAAACGUGGCAACAGCGUGACACUCUGGGCCAGAAAACGUGGCAACAACGUGACACUCUGGGCCAGAAAACGUGACAACAGCGUGACACUCUGGGCCAGAAAACGUGGCAACAGCGUGACACUCUGGGCCAGAAAACGUGGCAACAACGUGACACUCUGGGCCAGAAAACGUGACAACAGCGUGACACUCUGGGCCAGAAAACGUGACAACAGCGUGACACUCUAA